AUGCCGCCCGGCAAGGUGCUGCAGCCGGUGCUGAAGAUGAAGGUGGACGAGCUGUUCCUGCGCUGGCUCAGCGAGUCGGGCACGCAGCUCAUGCUGCAGGAGUGGCCGGUCCCCACAGCGCCUGGCCGGCGACGCAUGGAGCGUGCUGAGCCUGGACGCCGCCUGGACUGUCCCGCCGGCCUGGUCCUGCCCCGAGAGCGCGGCGCCUGGCCCGGCCCCCGGAGGCCCAUGCGAGCCGACGGCAUGCGGCUCAGGGAGCUGUCCCUGCGCGGGGACCCCGACCUCAGGCAGGAGCUGGCCUCGCUGGCCCGCGGCUGUGACUUCGUGCUGCCCUCCCGGUUCAAGAAGCGGCUGAAGGCCUUCCAGCAGGUCCAGGUGCAGACGAAGAAGGAAGAGCCGCUGCCGCCCGCCGCGAGCCAAAGCAUUCCAGCCUUCUACUUCCCGCGGGGACGCCCGAAGGAGACGGUGAACGUGGACGCCGUCAUCGCGAAGAUCGAGAGGGCCUUUGCGCAGUUCCCCCACGAGAGGGCCACCAUGGAGAACAUGGGCCUCGUGGCCAAGGCCUGCGGCUGCCCGCUGUACUGGAAGGCGCCUCUCUUCUGCGGCGCCGGCGGAGAGCGCACGGGCUCCGUGUCUGUGCACAAGUUCGUCGCCAUGUGGAGAAAAGUCCUGCAUGGUUGCCACGACGAUGCCGCCAAGUUCGUCCACCUGCUCAUGAACCCCGGCUGCAACUACCUGGUGCAGGAGGACUUCGUCCCCUUCCUGCAGGUCAUCCAGAGGAUAUUCUACACGGUCAACAGGUCCUGGUCGGGGAGGAUCACCUGCGCGGAGCUGCGGAGGAGCACCUUCCUGCAGAACGUGGCCCUGCUGGAGGAGGAGGCGGACAUCAACCAGCUGACCGAGUACUUCUCCUACGAGCACUUCUACGUCAUCUACUGCAAGUUCUGGGAGCUGGACACGGACCAUGACCUGCUAAUCGACGCGCAGGACCUGGCGCGGCACAACGACCACGCCAUUUCUGCCAAGAUGAUCGACAGGAUCUUCUCGGGAGCGGUGACGCGAGGCAGAAAAGUACAGAAAGAAGGAAAAAUAAGCUACGCCGACUUUGUCUGGUUUUUGAUCUCUGAAGAAGACAAAAAGACCCCGACCAGCAUCGAGUACUGGUUCCGCUGCAUGGACCUGGACGGGGACGGGGCGCUGUCCAUGUUCGAGCUGGAGUACUUCUACGAGGAGCAGUGCCGGCGCCUGGACAGCAUGGCCAUCGAGGCCCUGCCCUUCCAGGACUGCCUGUGCCAGAUGCUGGACCUGGUCAAGCCCCGGAGCGAAGGGAAGAUCACGCUGCGCGACCUGAAGCAGUGCAAGCUCGCCAACGUCUUCUUCGACACGUUCUUCAACAUCGAGAAGUACCUGGACCACGAGCAGAAAGAGCAGGUCUGCCUGCUCAGGGAGAGCGACAGCGACGGCCCAGAGCUCUCGGACUGGGAGAAGUACGCGGCGGAAGAAUACGACAUCCUGGUGGCUGAGGAGGCUGCGGGAGAGCCGUGGGAGGACGGGUACGAUGCGGAGCUCAGCCCUGUGGACCAGAAGCUGAGCGCGCUGCGCACCCCGCUGGCGCAGAGGCCCUUCUUCGAGGCGCCGUCAGCCCUGAGCGCGGUCGACCUGUACGAGUACGCGUGUGCGGACGACGACCUGCAGCCGCUGUGA